AUGUCCAAGACCGAGCAGAAGGCUUGCCUCAGUACGUCGUCCCGUCCCGACCUCUUCAAACCACUGCCCCGCCGUGACGCCUCUUCCCCAAGCGCUCCUACUCUCUCGGCACCUGGCCGCGAGCCAUCGAGCCUGUCCGAGUCUCGCAAUGGCAAGGCUUCGAAAAUCGUCAUUGAUGGAUGGGGCAUUCCCUCCGAAGAAUCUCCCAAGGAUGGCGACGCCAUUGCGGCGGCCAAGACACCUGUCAUGGACGAACUUUCGAACAAUGCCGGGGGUUUCACCGAGCUGGACGCCUCUUCCCUGGCAGUUGGUCUGCCUGAGGGUCUCAUGGGCAACUCCGAAGUCGGUCACUUGAAUAUUGGAGCCGGUCGUGUCGUUUGGCAGGACGUCGUUCGUAUUGAUCAGACCAUCAAGAAAGGCGAGUUGGACGACAAUGAAGUCAUCAAGAAGACAUUCCAGGGCGCCGCUGCCGGUAAUGGUCGUCUUCAUCUGUGCGGUCUCGUUUCCCAUGGCGGUGUGCACUCCAAGCAGGAACACUUGUAUGCCCUCCUGAGAGCCGCCAAGAAGUACCAGGUCCCCAAAGUCUUUAUUCACUUCUUUGGUGACGGCCGUGAUACCGACCCCAAGUCAGGCGCUGGCUACAUGCAGGAGCUCGUUGACUACCUCAAGGAGGUUGGCAUUGGCCAGAUUGCUACCGUAGUCGGUCGAUACUUCGCCAUGGAUCGGGAUAAGCGAUGGGAGCGUGUCGAGAUUGCCUUGAAGGGUAUGUGCCACGGCGAGGGCGAGGCCAGCGAGGACCCUGUUGCCACCGUCAAGGCUCGAUAUGAGCGCGGCGGAGAAAAGGACAGGGACGAGUUCCUGACUCCCAUCAUUGUUGGGGGCGACGAGGCUAGAAUCAAGGAUGAUGACACUGUCUUCUUCUUCAACUACCGCUCUGACCGUGUUCGGCAAAUCACCCAGCUACUCGGUGAUGUCGAUCGAUCUGUUCUUGAGGAUUUCAAGUACCCCAAGAUCAACAAACUCGUCACCAUGACUACCUACAAGACCGAUUACCCCUUCGAAGUUGCAUUUGAACCCCAGCGCAUGGACAAUGUCCUUGCCGAGUGGUUGGCCAAGCAAAAUGUGGAGCAGGUUCACGUCGCUGAAACUGAGAAGUACGCCCACGUUACUUUCUUCUUCAACGGUGGUGUUGAGAAGGUGUUCCCUCUGGAAACCCGGGACCAGGACCAGGACCUUGUGCCUUCCAACAAGUCGGUAGCUACCUACGAUCUGGCCCCGGAAAUGUCUGCAGAUGGCGUUGCCGAUCAGGUUGUCAAGCGCUUGGGCGAACAGAAGUUCCCCUUUGUCAUGAACAACUUUGCUCCCCCGGACAUGGUUGGCCACACUGGUGUCUACGAGGCUGCCAUUACUGGCUGCGAGGCCACUGACAAGGCUAUCGGCAAGAUUCUUGAGGGCUGCAAGAAGGAGGGCUACAUCCUUUUCAUUACUGCUGAUCACGGCAAUGCCGAGGAGAUGAAGUUUGCUGAUGGCAAGCCCAAGACCAGCCACACCACCAACAAGGUGCCAUUCAUCAUGGCCAAUGCUCCUGAGGGCUGGAGCUUGAAGAAGCAGGGCGGCGUCCUGGGAGACGUUGCCCCAACAAUUCUUGCGGCCAUGGGUCUUCCUCAGCCUGACGAGAUGACUGGCGAGUCACUGCUUGACAAGAACCUUAAGAGGGCUACCCAGUAG